CUCGCCGCGGCCUCCAGCGCCCCAGCCCCGGGGAAUGCAGUGGCCCCCGGCCCCUGGCGCCUCUCCGUGUCUGGCCUGGGCCUCCUCGCUCGCCUGCUCCGCGGCCACGACGCUCCUGAGUAGCGCCGGCCGGGCCCCCCUCAUGGCGGCCAAGUGGUUCAAGGAGUUUCCCCUGAACCUGAAGACCGUGUCGGAGCGGGCCAAGCCCGGCGGCGGCGGGGGCGGCAAGCUGCGCAAGAACUCGGAGGCGGGCGGCGCGGGGCCCACCCCGGGCAAGGGCCGCAAGAACUCCGCCGCCGAGCUAGGGGCCGGCAGGGCCGGCGUCGGACCCCCCAAGGACAGCCGGCUGUCCCGCGACAGCCUGCAGGGGCUGAUUCAGGCCGCCGCGGGCAAGGGCCGCAAGAACUCCCGGACCGCGGACGAGGAGCCCCACCGAGGCGCGGCCAAGAGCUCCGGCUGCAGCACCUACAUCAACAGGCUCAUCAAAGUGGACACUCAGGAGAAGAACGGGAAGGGCAGCUACCCCAGUAGCAGCAGCAGCAGCACCAGUAGCAGCAGCAGCUCGUCCUCGGCGUCCUCUUCCCCUUCCACCCUGGGCCCCGAACUGGACAAGGGCAAGACCACUAAGCAGCAAGACACGGUCAUCAUUUUAGAAGACUACGCUGACCCGUAUGAUGCCAAAAGGACAAAAGGUCAAAGGGACGCAGAGAGAGUAGGAGAGAACGACGGUUACAUGGAACCCUAUGAUGCACAGCAAAUGAUAACAGAAAUUAGACGCCGAGGCUCCAAGGAUCCCCUGGUGAAAGCCCUUCAGCUGCUCGACAGCCCCUGCGAGGCCGGGGACACCGGCGCGAAGUCGGAGACGCCGGCCAAGAGACGGGGUUCCAAGGACCUCCUGGGGAAGCCGCCGCAGCUGUACGACACGCCCUACGAGCCGGCCGCCGACGCGGGCCCGGAGCGGAAGGCGCGGCCGGCGGAUGCCCACAGCCGGCUGCCCGCGGACGACGAGCGGCCUGCGGCUGAGUACGAGCAGCCGUGGGAGUGGAAGAAGGAGCAGAUCGUGCGGGUGCUGUCAGUUCAGUUUGAAGGCUCCGAGCGACCUUCCACGAAGGAGGAGACAGUGAGGCAGCACCACCGACAGAAGAGCUGGACCCAGAAGAUCUUGAAGCCAGCCCUCUCCGACCACGGCGAGGGGGAGAGAGUGGACCCAGCCCUGCCUCUGGAGAAGCAGCCUUGGUAUCAUGGUGCCAUCACCCGGGCUGAGGCUGAGAGUCGACUACAACCCUGCAAAGAAGCUGGUUACCUGGUUCGAAAUAGUGAGUCAGGAACCAGUAGGUACUCCAUUGCACUAAAGACUAGUCAAGGAUGCGUCCACAUCAUAGUGGCUCAGACCAAGGACAACAAGUACACACUGAACCAGAUGAGCGCGGUGUUUGACAGCAUCCCGGAAGUGGUGCACUAUUAUUCCAAUGAGAAGCUGCCUUUCAAGGGCGCGGAGCACAUGACCUUACUCUACCCCGUGCAUAGCAAGCUGCACUAAGGUUCAGCCACCAAAAGCCCAGCCAGGCCUCUCACAUCUCAGAGGGCGUCCGUACCCAGCCAGAAUCUCAGGGCACAGGGCUGGAUGGCACCAUCAUCGUUGGUAGGAAGUGGGGGUCUUUCACUGAGAACUCAAAAAGUCUUUGGCCUGGAAUCCAUUCCAUGACACUUGGUUACUGCCCUGUCCCUUUUCUCCUUGUUAAGUAGUUCUCCAUAAAAAAGUCAUAAUUUACCAAUUGCCUCCACUCUCUGGAGUAGGAUGUUCCCAGUAGCGUGUGACCCUCGGGAAAGGUGUCCAGGAAUAUUCAAGUUUCCCAGAAAUGUGCUAGUUGUUACCUGGAAUGUCUGGUCUGCAAACAAACCAACAAACAGGCUCUUGGCUUUUACAUAAGACAGCAGAAAAAGAUCGUGUGGACCAGAAAAUCAUGUAAUGUCGGACCCCUUCUUGGGCAGAAGGAUGCAUAGUGGAAAAUAAGUGAACAGGGGGCUCCUCGGAGAAAGCUGUCUUUCUCGAGUGUCCUGGUUCAGCUCUAGAAUUCAUGGAAAUUCACAACUUCAGGGUCUGGCAAAGGAUGAUUUUUGCUGGUCACCCUUCUAAGAAAGUUUGUGUUUUCUCCGUCUCUGUAGACUUUUGCAACAUUUCAGCACAUCAGUUGUAUAAGCGUACAUAAGAAGGUUUAAGAAUCACCAAUAUAAUUAAACAUUGGCAUCAUUAUAAUUCUGCGUUACAGCAUAAAAUACAACAAAGAUUUCAUUUCUGAUUUUUAAAAAAUCUGAAAAUUCACAAGGCUCAACAACUGUUUUCUUAUUGGAUAAUUAUACAGAACUUCUGCUACCUUUUGUUUCAUCUUUGUGGAACUGCUUUUAAUUUUUGUCCCGAAAAUUCAAUUUGCUUUGUAUUUUUAGAGUAAAUUAAAAAAUAUAUAUAUCACUCUAGGAUCUGAUUGUAUGAACUGGGUCUCUAAAGCCUGCUGUCUCCCGUGCUAUAUAUACAAAGACCAGUUCACACUGUAUAAAAAUAUUUUAAAAGACUGCGGUUUUCUCCAACUACUACUGCUUAAGAUAGGAAAUGAAUUUUCAUAGUGUUGUUACCUUUAUGAUUUAUCAUGAACUUUGUUGUCAGUUUACUUACUGU